AUGUCUUUCAACCGCAGAUUUGGAAACUCCUCCUCCCGCUCUCUCGGAGGUUACCUGGGGUGCCCAGUUUCUCCCUAUAGUUCUUUCUACCCCAACAUGUUCCAGCUGGGCUCCUCUCUCCCAGGUGGCUCUCGGGAGACCAUCUUUGAGCCCACCAGCUACCAGAAUCCCUUUACCGUGACUAGAUCCUGCCGGACGUCCCGCUUCCGCCCAGAGAACUUUAUCUUCCGCGGUCCCUGCCAAACAAAUUGCACCGGAUCUCUAGGAUUUGGAAAUACCAGCUUUGGGUCUUUCGGUUAUAGAAAUCCUGCAUUCCAGUCUCUGGGCUGUGGAUACAACUUCUGCUGA